AUGCAUGUCAUCGUAUCCCAAGAUACGGGAACCCAGACGGUAACCCAGACGGUAACCCAGGCUGUAACCCAGGCGGGAACCCAGAAGGCGGGAACCCAGACGGUAACCCAGGCUGUAACCCAGACGGUAACCCAGGCUGUAACCCAGGCGGUAACCCAGACGGAAAUCCAGGCUGUAACCCAGACGGUAACCCAGACGGUAACCCAGACGGUAACCCAGGCUGUAAGCCAGACGGUAACCCAGGCGGUAACCCAGACGGAAAUCCAGGCUGUAACCCAGGCUGUAACCCAGGCGGUAACCCAGGAGGUAACCCAGACGGUAACCCAGGCUGUAAGCCAGACGGUAACCCAGGCUGUAACCCAGGCGGUAACCCAGACGGAAAUCCAGGCUGUAACCCAGACGGUAACCCAGGCGGUAACCCAGGUGGUAACCCAGGCGGGAACCCAGACGGUUACCCAGGCUGUAACCAAGGCGGUAACCCAGACGGAAAUCCAGGCUGUAACCCAGGCGGUAACCCAGACGGUAACACAGACGGUAACACAGGCUGUAAGCCAGACGGUAACCCAGGCUGUAACCCAGGCGGUAACCCAGACGGAAAUCCAGGCUGUAAGCCAGACGGUAACCCAGGCGGUAACCCAGGUGGCAACCCAGGCUGUAACCCAGACGGUAACCCAGGCUGUAAGCCAGACGGUAACCCAGGCUGUAACCCAGGCUGUAACCCAGACGGAAAUCCAGGCGGUAACCCAGACGGUAGCCCAGACGGUAACCCAGGCUGUAACCCAGGCUGUAACCCAGGCGGUAAACCAGGCGCCAGACGGUAACCCAGGCGGUAACACAGGCGGUAACCCAGACGGUAACCCAGGCUGUAACCCAGGAUGUAACCCAGACGGAAAUCCAGGCUGUAACCCAGACGGUAACCCAGGCGGUAACCCAGGUGGUAACCCAGGCUGGAACCAAGACGGUAACCCAGGCUGUAAGCCAGACGGUAACCCAGGCUGUAACCCAGAAGGAAAUCCAGGCUGUAACCCAGACGGUAACCCAGACGGUAACCCAGGCUGUAACCCAGGAUGUAACCCAGACUGUAACCCAGGCGGUAACCCAAACGGUAACCCAGGCUGUAACCCAGACGGAAAUCCAGGCUGUAACCCAGACGGUAACCCAAACGGUAACCCAGGUGGUAACCCAGGCGGGAACCAAGACGGUAACCCAGGCUGUAAGCCAGACGGUAACCCAGGCUGUAACCCAGAAGGAAAUCCAGGCUGUAACCCAGACGGUAACCCAGACGGUUACCCAGACUGUAAGCCAGACGGUAACCCAGGCUGUAACCCAGGCGGUAACCCAGACGGAAAUCCAGGCUGUAACCCAGGCUGUAACCCAGGCGGUAACCCAGGCGGUAACCAAGGCUGUAACCCAGACGGAAAUCCAGGCUGUAACCCAGGCGGUAACCCAGACGGAAAUCCAGGCUGUAACCCAGACGGUAACCCAGACUGUAACCCAGACUGUAAGCCAGACGGUAACACAGGCGGUAACCCAGGCGGUAACCCAGACGGUAACCCAGGCUGUAACCCAGGAUGUAACCCAGACGGUUACCCAGGCGGUAACCCAAACGGUAACCCAGGCUGUAAGCCAGACGGUAACCCAGACGGUAACCCAGGCUGUGAGCCAGACGGUAACCCAGACGGUAACCCAGGCGGUAACCCAGACGGUAACCCAGGCUGUAAGCCAGACGGUAACCCAGGCGGUAACCAAGGCGGUAACCCAGGCGGUAACCCAGGCGGUAACCCAGGCGGUAACCCAGGCUGUAACCCAGGCGGUAACCCAGGAUGUAACCCAGACUGUAACCCAGGCGGUAACCCAAACGGUAACCCAGACUGUAACCCAGACUGUAAGCCAGACGGUAACCCAUGCGGUAACCCAGGCGGUAACCCAGACGGUAACCCAGGCUGUAACCCAGGAUGUAACCCAGACUGUUACCCAGGCGGUAACCCAAACGGUAACCCAGGCUGUAAGCUAGACGGUAACCCAGACGGUAACCCAGGCUGUUAG